AUGGCGCAUGCCUUGACGAGCGCAAAUGCUCCCCAUCGAAGUGUAAUAGGAAAUGCUUUGGAGACACUUGCAGAGAUCCCAUCGAAGGCACAGAAUGUGGAGGAUGUGGCCAAGAUCCUCUGCAGUGGCAGCGGUGUUGUAGGGCACGAUGGAAAGUGUUAUUGCUUUAAUGGUCAUUGUAACGCUGAUACCGACUGUGAAACGCCUGACCUUUCGAAUCAGAAGCGAUUCUGUUGUCCAGAUGGUUUAUAUGCAUUCGAUGUCCAGGAGCAACCGGCCGAAGAACAUCAACAAAAGAAGAUCUUCAAUUAUCUUGUCCGAACCGAUGGUGCAUCCAGAUACGAUCACACUUUCACUGUGUGUGGUGUGGACCCUGGUAUCAAGGAUGUCUUCUGUGCUACUGAUGGCAAUGGCGAUUUCCGUUCUUUCAGCAGCGCCGAAUUCUACAGCAGAAGUGGGGCCACCAUGCGAAUGAAACAGACCAGAACAAAAAAACAGCAGUCGACACCAAAUAUCAUCGACAUUGAAACAGCUAUCCCAACGCCAAAAAUAUCAAGCUUCUAUGGUGAUAAUCAUUUUCGAAAAUGUCGCUUGCUAAACUAUGGUGGGAAACAGAGAACGGGGGCGGAAAUGAAGCAUAUCUUCAUCAAUGGUGGCAAAAAAGGAAUACAACAUCAGCAACGUCAAGAGUAUCCAUUGUGA